AUGGCGAAAUGGCAUCAUGAUGUGGGGCCAAGAGUGUUUGCAACUCUGGAGAAGCUUAAGAAGCAGUCAGCCUGGUGCAUUCCAAGGCUUGCUGGGGAGAGCAAAUAUGAGGUCAAGUGUUUUGGAGGCACUCAGGUGGUUGUUGAUUUGAGGAACAGAAGUUGUUCAUGUAGGCAAUGGGAUCUAACUGGGAUCCCAUGUAAGCAUGCUUGUGCUGCCAUUGGGCAGUUAAAUGGCAAUCACAUUAGCUAUGUCCAUGAUUAUUACAAAAAAGAGGCCUUCAUGAAAGCCUACAAACCCAUGGUUCAUCCAAUGCCAAGCCAAGACUUGUGGCCUAAAACAAAUUUCCCACCUUUGCUGCCACCUAAAUUUCAUAAGCAGCCAGGGAGGCCAAAGAAAUCUAGGAUAAGCUUAGCCGGUGAACCAUCUUCAAGCUCUAAUCCUAAAGCUAAACACUUGCCAAGGUAUAAUUUGGAAAUCAAAUGUUCCAUAUGUAAGCAAGCAGGGCAUAAUAAGAGGAAAUGUCCAAGGGUAAAUGAAGCAGGGAGUAGCAGCCAGGUACCAUCACAAAGGCAAAAGAAGAUAGCACAUCAAGGCAAGAGAUCAAGUCAAAGAGUUACAAGACAAUCAAGGCAGAAACAACCA